GUGGAGAUGAGAGUUUUCCUUUUUAAGUCAGAAAAGAGAGGCUGGUGGAUUCAAAGUUUUUUCCUCCUGCAGUCAGUAUGAGUGUGGAUCCUUGUUUGGUGUUGCUGUUGCUUGGCUGCUUGUCAACAGUUGCCUGGAGUGAAAAGGUGGCGGCAGCCUGGGAUGUGCCCCCCUGGCGCAACGGAAGUUCAAGGGCGGCAGUGGCCUGGGACCGGGCCCCCCAAGGCAACGGGAGUGCAACGGCUAGGGCGGCAGUGGCCUGGGACCGGGCCCCCCAAGGCAACGGGAGUGCAACGGCUAGGGCUGCAGUGGCCUGGGACAAGGCCCCCCAAGGCAACAGGAGUGCAAGGGCUAGGGCGGCAGUGGCCUGGGACAAGGCCCCCCAAGGCAACGGGAGUGCAAGGGCUAGGGUGGCAGUGGCCUGGGACAAGGCCCCCCAAGGCAACGGGAGUGCAAGGGCUAGGGUGGCAGUGGCCUGGGACAAGGCCCCCCAAGGCAACGGGAGUGCAAGGGCUAGGGUGGCAGUGGCCUGGGACAAGGCCCCCCAAGGCAACGGGAGUGCAAGGGCUAGGGUGGCAGUGGCCUGGGACAAGGCCCCCCAAGGCAACGGGAGUGCAAGGGCUAGGGUGGCAGUGGCCUGGGACAAGGCCCCCCAAGGCAACGGGAGUGCAAGGGCUAGGGUGGCAGUGGCCUGGGACAAGGCCCCCCAAGGCAACGGGAGUGCAAGGGCUAGGGUGGCAGUGGCCUGGGACAAGGCCCCCCAAGGCAACGGGAGUGCUAGGGUGGCAGUGGCCUGGGACAAGGCCCCCCAAGGCAACGGGAGUGCUAGGGCGGCAGUGGCCUGGGACAAGGCCCCCCAGGGCAACGGGAGUGCUAGGGCGGCAGCGGCCUGGGACAAGGCCCCCCAGGGCAACGGGAGUGCUAUGGCAGCGGCCUGGGACGAGUCCCCCCAGGGCAACGGGAGUGCUAUGGCAGCGGCCUGGGACGAGUCCCCCCAGGGCAACGGGAGUGCUAUGGCGGCGGCCUGGGACGAGUCCCCCCAGGGCAACGGGAGUGCAAGGGCUAGGGCGGUGGCCUGGGACCGGGCCCCCCAGGGCAACGGGAGUGCAAGGGCUAGGGCGUUGGCUAGGGCCCGGGCCCCCCAGGGCAACGGGAGUGCUAGGGCGGCAGCGGCCUGGGACAAGGCCCCCCAGGGCAACGGGAGUGCUAUGGCAGCGGCCUGGGACGAGUCCCCCCAGGGCAACGGGAGUGCUAUGGCGGCGGCCUGGGACGAGUCCCCCCAGGGCAACGGGAGUGCUAUGGCGGCGGCCUGGGACGAGUCCCCCCAGGGGCAACGGGAGUGCAAGGGCUAG